UCGUAAGAGUAUUUUUUCUUACGUCAGUGCAUACAUCAUUGAGGCAGUACAGCUGCGUGUGACGAUAAAGUAGUCACAUUGUGUUUCAGAUGAGUCGUACAGAGAACUCCGAAAAUCUACCUCUUAAUAUUUGUCCUCAACGAAACAGGACUACCGAAUCUACCAUAAGAUAACACUUCAUACACGGCUCUCUUGCUGACAAUGCCCUAGCUUUCAUUUGUUAAAAGCAGGGCCCUUUUCAGCUGCUUGGUGCAAUCCUAUCUACAAUGGCGACUUCUGCUGGCAAAAAUCCUUGGGGCGAGCACAUGCAGAAGCGUCAUCAUGUGGUGAUGUUUCCAUUCAUGGCGCAGGGCCACAUCAUUCCCUUCCUCCAACUCUCCUACCUUCUCGCUGCUCGAACCAGAUUCACCAUCACCAUCGUUAGCACUCCUCGCAACGUUCAGACGUUAACACCCACCAUUCAAUCUGCUCGCCAAAAAGACUCCUCCCUUGACAUACGCUUAGCGGAGCUCCCUUUCUCCAGUGCCGAUCAUGGCUUACCACCGCGUACAGAGAACACUGACUCGCUGGCUUUACCACAGUUUCUUACUCUCAUGGAAGCCGCAGAGAAAUUGCAGCCCCAUUUCGAGAAUCUGAUCCGCAAGAUCUGUGCAGAAGAUGGCUGCACUCCGCUGUGCAUCAUAAGUGACAUGUUCCUAGGCUGGACCCUCGACGUCGCCGACAUGUUUGCAAUACCCAGAAUCUGCUUUUUCACCUCCGGUGCUUAUGGCAUGUUGCUUUUUUACUCUAUGUGGAAUCAUUUGCCCCAUACCAAGACUGACACAGAAGAGUUUACUCUCCCAGAUUUGCCUCACGUCUCGCUGCAUCGAUCUCAACUUCCCAUUACCUUAAAAAUGGCAACAGCAACCGAUGGGUGGAGCUUAUUUUAUUCUCGCCAAAUACCCCGCAAUAUGCGCAGCUGGGGAACUGUCUGCAAUUCUUUCGAACAGCUUGAGCACGACCAUUUGGAACACUUCAGGAAAUCCACCGGCAGACCUGUCUGGGUGGUUGGCCCUGUCCUUCCUCCAGAACUUCUGUCUUCCACUCGAUCUGAUGCUGUCUAUGAUAAGUUAUUGCAAGGAAAGGAGGCAGACAGCGAAGCAAUUUUCUGCUUGCGUUGGCUCGAUUCUCAGAAUGUUUCCAGUGUGCUCUACAUUUCCUUUGGCUCCCAAAACACGAUCUCUGCGUCCAAUAUGAAAGAACUGGCACUGGGUUUGGAAUCAAGUGGGCAACCCUUCAUAUGGGUAGUGAGGCCGCCGCUUGGCGUACCGUCGACUGCACAGUUUUCCUCAGAGUUUCUUCCUGAUGGGUUUGAAGAGCGAAUGAAGGCCAAAAAGCAGGGAUUGGUUAUUAAAAAAUGGGCGCCUCAGCGUGUGAUUCUGUCCCAUCCUUCCACAGGAGGAUUUGUGAGCCACUGUGGAUGGAAUUCGACGAUGGAGAGUCUGAGCCAGGGCGUUCCCAUUAUUGGAUGGCCUAUCGCAGGGGAGCAGUUUUUCAAUUCGAAGCUUCUGGAGGAGGAAGUCGGUGUUUGUGUGGAGAUGUGCAGAGGAAAUGAGGGAGAAUUGACGAAGGAGAAGGUGGAGAGGACGGUGAAGAUGUUGAUGUCAGAAGAGAAAGGCGGUCGAAUGAGAGAAAGAGCCGCGGCCAUGAGAGAUGCUGCGAGAACAGCAGUAAAAGACAGUGGAGAUGGAACCGAAAAAGGCUCGUCCAUGCGUGACAUUGACGACAUGAUACAAAAUAUUCUAAACACUUCUUGUGGUUCUCAAUCCUUGUAAAACUCUGUAGGCAUUAAAAAAAUUCUAGUGGUCUUUUAUUUAGUCAAUAAGUCAUUACGAUGUGAAAUUUUUUAAGUAGAAUCAAAUUGUAGAUGGAACCGAGAAGUGAAUGUCCACACAUGGACGUUGACAACAAGGUACAAAAUACUCUUACCACUAUUCGUCGAUCUCGAUCCUUGUAAGACUUGAUAAGUACACAAACUAAUGUUAAUGUCGAAAUCGUUCAUGGACUUUGAAUGGCGAGGAUUUGAGAUCAAA